CACUAGCAAUAAAAUUGGAUCAUCUAAAAGUCAUAAGGCACGCAAAAAGCAACAAUCUCACUCUAGUAAUCAUUUACCAAAUGAGACUGCCAUGGAUAUAAAAAGGAAUACACUGUGUACACACUCUCUCUCACCAAUCACUCAUGACCAUUACAAUCAUGAUCACUCCCAUGGAGGUGAUCACCAUAAUUCAUCAUCACGCUCUCGUUCUCCAUCCCAUCACCCCCAUCGUAGAACCCACCGAAGCCCAGAUCAUCAUUCUUUGUGUACUGAUAAUCAUCAUUCACGUUCUCCAUCACACCACCGUCACCGAAAAACACAUCAUCAUGUCCCACAUUCAGAAACUCACAAUCGACACUAUUCCCAUUCAGAAUCUCCAAACCACCAUCAUGAUGAUGACCGUAGCCCAUCCUCACACAAACAUUCUCCAUGCUCUGAAACUGACCAUCAUCCUCAUUUAGAAUCUCACCACCAUGUUCCAUCUUCUCCAUUGUACCAUCACCAUCAUGGUGACCAAACACAUUCGUCUCCAGGAAAUAAUUUUCCAAAAAGUCAAGUUUAUUCCCAUUCAGCACCAGAUCAUCAUCAUUUACCUUCUCCUUCAUAUCAACACCAUCGUAGUGAUGGUGAUCACCGAAGCCCAUCCCCACAUCAGUAUUCUUUGUACCCAAAAAAUUAUGAUCAUUCCCAUUCAGAAUCCCCUCACCGUUCACUGUCUCCUUCACAUCAUGACAAUCAUAGUGAUGGUGAUCACAGAAGCUCAUUCUCUUCUGCAUCACAACCCCACCAUUGUGGAGAUCAGAGAAGCCCAUUCCCACAGCAUCAUUCCUCAGUCUUGAAAAGUCAAGACCAUUUAGAAUCUCACCAACAUCGUUCACCUUCUCCAUUGCACCACCUUCAUCAAGAUCACAAAAAUCCACCUCCACAUUAUUAUAGUUUGAAAUCAAAAACUCAUGGUCACCAUUCCCAUUCAGAACCUCAUUACUGUGAUUCUCAUUCUGGAUCACAUCACUCAUCCCUUCCAGAUAUUCAGUAUCAUUUGCCUCACACUGAAUCCUAUCAUCCUCAGCAUCAUUCCACCAAUAAAGAUUCUCACCAGUACAACACUCCUCACCCUAAUUCCCAUUAUUAUGACAACUCACACCACUCUUCUUCUGAACUUGAUCAUCAUGCCUUGCAUCAUGAUUCCUCCCCUCAUGAAUUUCAUGGCCAGCAUCACUCCUCUUAUCCUGAUGUUCAUCAUAAUCAUUCCCAUCAGCCUUCUGAUAACCGUCAUCAUCACUCUUAUCCAGAUGUUCACACCCAUUCUGAAGGUGGUCUAAAGAGUCCCACUAAUCAUGAAUCUGGUACACAAUCUAACAGUGCUUACAUAGACAGACAUCACCAACACCCUUCUAAUUUAGGCCACCAUCUUAACCAUCACCACCAAUCUCAUUCUGGAGAUCCAAAAACUCCAACACUCAACAGACAUCAUGAUAAUCUCGAUGGUCAUUAUUCUCAUCACCACCCUCACAACCUACCCCAUUCUGUAGGGCAUCAUCAGUAUUCCCAUCCAGAUUCCCACAGUAGCACACACUCUGAAUCCUAUCACCACCAUGAUCAUCUCCUAUCUCCCCAUUAUCAUUCUGAAGCCAAACUUCAACCCCACCAAGAGUCCAACCACCAGCAUCACCAUAAUAGUCCAGAGUCCCACAAAGAUUCACACCACUCUAGUGAACAUAUUCAUCAGCAUUCUCACCAAAACCACAAACACCAAGAAUUUCAUAACCAUUCCCAUUUAGAAUCCCCCAAUCAUCAUCAUUUCCAUACUGAAUCCCUACAUCAUCCUGAACAUUCCUUAACACACCAGCAUUCACAUUCUGAAUUUCAGAAGUCUUCUCAAUGUGAAUGUCACAAAAUGCCUUCCCACAUGGAAUCCCCUCAUCAACAUCAUCACCACCAGAAACAUCCAGAAUCCCAUCACCACUCUCAUCCAAAAUCUUUCCAUCAUAGUUCUUAUACUGAGAUGUAUCUUCAGGAUGAUGCUCCAAAAUCCCACCGUCAUCAUGAGCAUGGAGAAUCCUAUCCCCAUUCACAUUCUAAACCUUACCACCAUUCCCAAGUGGAAACCCAGCAUUGUCCUGACGUUAAAUCACAUCAUGAUUGUCCAGAAUCUCACCAUAACCAUUUUGCCACUAAGGAACAUCACCAUCAUGGUGAUGACCCCAGUUCUCUUCGCCACUCUCCAGUUGGCGAGAAAGCCACUUCCCCUUGUUCUAGCAAGUCAGAUUCUUCGAGAAACUCAGGAAGUCCUAUAAGCCAUGAUGACCAGUCAAUGACCUACAAGGAAACAGCCUUGACUGCCAAAGAAAAAGGCUCUGAAUAUGAGAGGAUCAUGAUGCUACAGCAACAGAAUGAAGACCUGCACAACACUUUGCGACAAACAGUGGUGCGUAUGGAGUGCUUAGGAGCUGAAUUUAUUACUGAACAUCAUCAAUUGGAAUCAGCGCUACAGAGGACACGUGUGGAACUAAGCAGCAUGAUGGACAAGUUCACAAGACUUCAGGCUAAUUAUUCCUCCAUUUGUCAGACUGAUGAUUUCCGGGAGGAUGAAGCACACUAUAUGGAUGAUGCCGAUCGUGAGAAACUGAACCAGCGGAUCUCAGAACUGACAAAACAGCUGUCAGCUGCCAAGACAACCAUUCAGAGCCUGGAGACAAUUAAUGUGACAUCGAUGCUCCAGGAAGCCCUUGUAAAACAUUUUAAAUCAGAUGAUCCCAUCAAGCCAUUCAAGCCAACCGUUGCACCUCCUCCAUUUCAAUUUAUGGACAGUGACCAUUAUAACAAAGGCUCGGUAGCUGGAGAUGAGCAAUCAUUGGGUCUUGUUCCAGAAGAGGAUGAAUCUGAUUGGUCAGAAAUGGGUGAGGAGGCAAAGCAUUGUGCCUUGAGUCGCUUGGAGAGAGGUCAACAUGGUUGUACAGGCUUUUCUCGAUGGCACCAGGAGCAGGGUCAUUGGGUAAAGUCAGAUCAGUAUAGAAGAGGAGACGGAGAUACUGAGAGUGAAUCAGGAGGAGAAGAGAUGACCCACACCCAAAGCCUAAAGAUACCCCAGCUUCAGUUCAGCAUACACCCUGAGACCUUAGUGCCUGUGGCCAGCCUGAAACAGAAUAUGGAUGGCCCGGUAGGAGAGGAAUACCAUAUUCACACUGGACACCAACUAGGCUCUCCUAUUUGCAUCCUGUCUGCUAGCUUGGAGGACAUCAACUGUACCGACCUGCAGCAACUUGAGCAUCAUGGCCAGUUAAAGUGCACUACAGUUAAGAUGGACCUCCACCAUACACAGCAGGGCAUUGCUGAAGAUUGGACUGAAGAUGAGCUUUCUUAUAACUGGAAGAUGGCAAACAAGCAACAUACUGGAGAUGGAAAGAAAGGGGCAGGAAGCAGUGGCUCAGAGCCAAUGGCUAAUCUGGAGUCAGCACAGAAGAUGCUCAACCACUUCAUACAGGAGGCAGAGAAGACAAAGCUAUGAAACUUAAAGCUAAUGUAUUAACCUAAUAAUUAAUGUCUUUAAACACUGAGCAAUGUGAAUUAGAAUAGGAGUUAUUUGGAAAUGAACAGUAGAUACAGUUAUAAAUGGU